UUUCCUGCGUUUUCUUCUUCUGGGUUUCGUUUCUUUACAAUGUGUGAUUUUACAAUAGUUCGUUCGAGUAAUUCAAUUUUCUGGGUAUCAGAGCCUCCAUCAUCCACUAAAUGACGGGUACGAAUCUAAUUCAACUUUAAAUCAGAGCUAUUUUGAGUAAUUCUAUUAACUUAUGGCCCUCGAAACACUUGAUAACCAAACAAUGGAAGUAAUAAAAAACAUUGAUAACGAAAAAAGUUUCUUUCAAGAUAUAUUGAUCGAUAGGUCUCUAAUUGAAAAAGAGAAUUUUGAUAUAUCAGAAAAAACUAAUUUUAAAAAUAAAAAUAAUCCUUUUGCAAAAAUAUUUAGGAAAAAUAAUAUUUUCUAUGGAAUUAUGAUGGGUGAAGUACCUAUUCCAAUAGAUGAGGCAGCUGGCACAGUCGCCUUAUCAUUAGUCAAUAAAGAACAAAUAAAUGAACGAUUAAAGAAGAUUAAAGAUUCCAAAAUAAAAUCCUCAAUAAAAUAUAUAAAUAUAAAUACUAUUCAGAUAAUAAUAAAAGGAUUAUUUCGAGAAAGCAUAGAUACCCCUAUGGACCUUGAAUUAAUAGAUGAUAGAAUAAAUGAUGAUCAAGAUAAAAUAAUAGCCUCUGGAGCAUGCAAUCUAAAAUUUGGAAAAGUAAAAUUUGAUGUUACUCUCCAAACAACUUUAUCUUUAUUAGACAGCGACCUUGAUAAAUCCAUGCUAGUAAAUUAUGACUUCAAAAGAAUUGAUUUAUUCAAAGAAGGAAAUCACCCGUUUUCAAUAUCAUAUAAAAUAAAUUACGCACUAAGUAAUUCAUCCCAUAGUGUAAGUUAUAAUGCCAAUUCUGAAGGGAUACAUAUUGACAACUUAUUUAGUCCAAUUAUUAAACUAGAAAAACCAAAUCAGGCGAUAACUAAAAGGGACAAAAGACUGAUUGAACGGAGACCAUCUGUUUCUAAACCAAGAAACUCGAAUGAAAGAUUUAUUGAACCAAGCACGAGUGCAACAAGAGUAAGUAAUAAUCAUCGAGAAAAAGAAUUAGAAACAAUAAAUAUCAAACUAAAUAGAUUAGAAAAUUCCCUUAUGGACUUAGAUAAUAGACUUUAGUAAAAAUUAGACAAAAAAUGCAAACGUCCCAAAUAAAAAAGGCAAGAGACAAAGAAAAAUCUAAAGAAGUCACAGACAAAAGAAGCAAAUAUUUUACUGAAAUAUGUAAAAUCAUAAAUAAAAAUAAUGGAAGAGCAACCAAUUUCAACAAGAUGGAAAAAGAUAUAAUUAAUAUUAAUUUAAACAAAAUCAAAAUAAUAGAAGAAUAUCAAAAGUUAUAAAAAUGGAUAAAAUUAUGGAACAAACUGUAGAGCAUCAUCCAGAAUUAUAUUCUAUACCAGGAAUACCAUAUAAAGAAAGAAUUAUACCAAUACAAAGAAAUAUGGCAGAAAAUACUGAAUAUAAUUUAGGAGCAAACAUAAAAGAAGAACAAAAGAUUAGUCAUUCACUACGAAUCAUAUGUGGAGUUUUAAAUAAUCAUACCGAAAUGUUGAGUAACAUAUCAAUAAAUCAAAUUAAGAUACAAGAAAGUCUUGAUGAUAUAAAAAGUGAAAUAAAAAUUUUAGAUGAACUUGAUAGAUUACAGGAAUUAGAUGAUUUAUUAAAAACAGUAAGUAAUUUAACUAAAAUAAUGAAUAAACUCACUGAAAAAUUAUGACUGAAAAAAUUGGCGAUCAAAUAAAAAUAAUACUUGAAAAAAUACAAAAUAUAGAAGAAAAACUAAACAAUGAUUUAAAUAAGAUGCAACAAACAAAUGAAAAACUCAAAGAAAAUAUAAACAACUACAAGCAAUUAAAUGAUAGACAAGUAGAAGAACUAGGUGAGCUUAAACAUAGAUUAGAGGAGUCAGAAAAACAUAAAUGCAUAACUAUAGAAGAAUUAGAAAAAUAUUUUAUAAAAAAUAAAGAUUUUCGACAACCAGUAGCUGCAACUAGUAUAAUAAGAGUAGGAAGAUGAGUAAUAUAAAUGAAAGUAUGGAUGAAUUAAGAGAAAUGAUGAAACAGAUAACAUUACUAGAUAAUCCAGUUAUGGAAGAGAAUGAAGUAAUUAUUGACAACUCCUCAGAAGAUGAACCCGAUAAGAAGCUCUUGCAUCCUCUUGAAGAGGGGGGUAGUGGGUUAAAGCCAGAAGAAAAAUUAAAUAAAGAAGAAAAAUCAAAAAAUGAGAUUGAAAAGAUUAAAAAUAAAAAAGGAUAUUUUAAAACAAUAGAUGAUAAAUAUGAAAAAUACGAAAAAUAUAAACAAUUUAAACCAAAAGAAAUGAGAGACGACCUUCUUGAUCUAGAUUGUGUACAACAACAAGAAGGAAAAGCUAGACUUCACACUUGGGUUGCUGAACAUCAAAUACAAUUACAACUUGAUGAAUCAAUUUCAAAAUUAAAUGCAGAAAGUUAUCUAAAUCUACUCAUAUAUAGAACCACAGGAAUGGUUUUUACCUUUUUAGCUAGUUUAAAAGACACCGGGAAAAUGCCAAUUAAUACUUACAGAACGCAUAAUGAUAUCCUAAUAGCGAUUGUCGAAACGCUUAAUCAACAAUUCCUCGGAGGAUUAAAUCUCUUAGGAAAUGUACAAACUAAUGAAGAUGAAGAUCAAAUAAUGAAGGUAAGGCAUGUAUUAAAUAAUAUAGAGAUAUGUGAUAUAUGCUAUCUAAACGAAUUUAUAUGUCAGUAUGAAUCAUAUUAUUAUCAACUACCUCAUGAAGAUUACGAAAAAUACAUGGAUAUAUUUAUCCAAAAAUUACCUCAACCAUUUAACGAAACCAUUAGCAAGAAAUUUAAAGAAAAUAAAACAGAAGGAUUAGUAGCAAACUCCUUAGGAGGAAUAAUAAAAUCAUUAAGAGACUAUAUAAGAAAUUUAUGUAUUCAAAAACAAGAACUUAAAAAAUCGAAAAGACCAUUUAACCUAUGCUGCGAUAAAUAUGAAGAUAUACCACAAAGAUUUGGCUGUGAACCAGAGAAAUAUAAAAAACGUAGAAAAUAUAAACCAAAAUAUUAUAAGAGUUAUAAUAAAAGAAGAUUUAAAUACAAUAAUAAAUAUUAUAAACCACAAAAAAAGAGAUGGAAUGAUAAAUAUAAAAAUAAAAAAUAUUUUAAGAAAAAAUUUGAUAAAAAAUAUUGUCCGCAGGGAAAGAAAAAUUGCAAAUGUUGGUUAUGUCAAGAAAUUGGACAUUAUGCUAAUGAAUGCCCAAAAAGAAAAAACUAUAAAAAAGAGAUUAAAUACUUAAAUUUGGCAAAUCAAAUAGGGCUAGAACCCAUUGAAUCAUCAGAUAGCGAAAUAGAAUACUGUUAUAAAAUCAUUACUGAUUCAGAAUCAUCAGAAUCCAGUUAUAAUAGAUCAUCAGAUGAAUCCGAAUAGUACAUUCAUAAAAAUAGAAAUCGAAGAAACUAAGAAACAAACCCUAGCAUAUAUAGAUUCAGGAGCAACCCUUUGUAUUGCUCAAGAAAAAAUGUUGAGCAAGGAAACAUGGAAAAAGUUACCAAAACCAAUUAAAAUUACAGUUGCAGAUAAAAGUCAACAUGAAUUAAAAUAUGCAGCAUUCCUAAUAAAAAUAAAAAUAAUGAACAAAAUAUUUAUUAUUCCAAGCAUAUACAAACACGAUACAGGACUACCCUUUUUACUAGGGAACAACUUUCUAAAAUUAUACAGACCUUUUUGUCAACAUCUAAAACAUAUAACACUUACAUGUCCAAAACUAAAGAACCAGAAGAAGGAAGAAAUAAAAAUACCUAUAUAUAAUUCAAAAAGAUUAUUAAUAAUAAAUAACAUAAAUAAUGUAAUAUUAAAAAUAAUAAGCAAUAAAAUGGUAACAGAUAAACUUGACGAGGUUUGCAGUGAAGAUCCAUUAGACAUAAAAAAUACAAAUAAUCUUUUAAUAGAAAUAAAACUAAAAGACCCAAAUAAAGAAAUUAGAGUAAACUACAAAAUGACAUAUACUGAACAGGACGUAAAUGAAUUUAAAGAAGAAACAAAGUUAUUACUUAGCAAAGGACUGAUAAGAGAAAGUUAUAGUCCUCAUUCGUCACCAGCCUUUUAUGUUAAUAACCAUAACGAGCAAAAACGAGGAAAACGAAGAAUGGUAAUAGACUAUAGAAAAAUUAAUGAAGCAACUAUUGGAAACGCUCAAAACCUACCACGAAAAGAAUUUCUAAUUAAAAAACUUAGGGGAGCAAAAUUUUUCUCCGCAUUAGAUGCAAAAUCAGGAUAUUGGCAAAUACGUCUCCAUGAAAAUACAAAACCACUAACGGCAUUUACUUGUCCACCUCAAAAACAUUUUGAAUGGAAUGUUUUACCUUUUGGUUUAAAACAAGCACCAGGGAUUUUUCAACAAUUUAUGGAUAACAAUUUGAUUGGAUAUGAAGAAUUUAGUUCAGUAUAUAUUGAUGAUAUUAUAAUAUUCACAAAAAAUGAUGAAAAUGACCAUUUAGAAAAAGUCUAUAAAAUACUAGAAAGAUGUAAAGAGAAAGGAGUAGUAUUAAGUAAAAAGAAAGCACAGAUAUUAAAAACAAAAAUUGAAUUCUUAGGGUUAGAAAUAACUAGCGAAGGAAAAAUAUCCGCACAAAAACAUAUAUUAGAAAAAAUUUAUGAGUUUCCAAAUAAACUAGAAGACAGAAAACAAAUUCAAAGAUUCUUAGGAAAUCUUAACUAUUUAUCAGAACAAGGUUUCUUUAAAAAUCUAGCUAAAGAACGAAAAUCAUUACAAGAAAAAAUAUCAGAAAAGGUACCAUGGAAGUGGGAAGAAAAAGACAGUCAAACAGUAAAAAAAUUAAAAGAAAUGUGUAAAAAUUUACCAGAAUUAUAUAACCCGACUGAUAAUGACAUUCUAAUAGUGUCAACAGACGCAUGCAUUACACAUUGGGGAGCAACUCUUACAGCUUUAACUAAUAGAGCCUUAGAGAAACCAGAAAAAUUAAAAGAAUCGAUUACUCAGAUAACAAGUCUAAAACAAGAAAAACUAGUUAAAUAUAAUAGUGGAACAUUUACAGCAACUCAACAAAAUUACCCAAUCCAUGAACUAGAGACAUUAGCAGCUAUAAAAGCUUUUAAAAAAUGGCAAAUAGAUUUAAGACCAAUAACCUUUUACCUAAGAACUGAUUCAAAAUAUUUAAUAGGAUUUCAGAAGUAUAAUAUAAAAGCAAACUAUAAUCAGGGAAGGCUUAUUCGAUGGCAAAUGCAAUUAUCUCAAUAUUCAUAUAUACCAGUCUACAUAAAAGGAGAACUCAAUUCUAUAGCAGAUUCUCUUACACGAGAAUAUCGAAAUCAACAGUCGAAAGACUGAUUCAAUUUAUUAAAAUAUUUUAAUAAAUAACUCAUGAUCUUGAGGAUAAAAGAUCAACCAUCGAUAAUUGGUAAAGAUUAUCAACAAAACAAACAGUCUUCGGACAAUAAUUAGCCACUUUGGCAAUAUUUGACAGGAACCAUGGACUCAGUGAUAAAGAUGAUGGAAAAUACUAUCAAACAGAAAAAAGACAACCUCCAAAAACUCCAAGACGAAAUUACCCAACUUGAAGCAACUGUCCAAACACUAAAAAAUCAAACCCAAAACAGUGAAACAAUAAUAUUACCAGAAAGCCAGCCUACAAGCCCAGCUACUAAAAAACCACAUAAAUAUUAUGUUAUCUUCAACGGCCCAAUGCGUGGAAUAUACGAUGAAUGGCAUAAGGCCGCACAAUUUAUCACAGGGAGAAAUAUCACUCAUAAAAGCUAUGGCAACCUUGAAGACGCAAAACAGGCACUCGACGACUCGGCUCAGAAACAAAAAGGAAUAGCCACUUCUUUCAAGGAUCAACUUCUUCUUGGAGGAGGACGAACUCAGCUACAACCCGUAACCAGACUCACUCCUAUCGGAAAAAUUCCUACCAUUGCCAAAAUAGACACUACCCAAGCCAUCCUUGAACAAAUAAAACUAACCAAGGAAAAAUUUCUCGAAUACUUCGAAGAAAUAAAUACCUACCCAGAAAAAACCAUCUACAAACAUAUAUACCCAAAAAACCAUCAAGGCCUUGGCCCAAAAGCAGUGGUACUUCCCGAAGCAGACCCAAUACUUACAAAAAACCUCCAUGAAUAUGGACUUAUAGAAACCCUUUAUAUACGAAAACCCGAUUACCAACUAAAACACUUCCCGAUCGGAUUAAAAACAGCUAUUUCAAGGUAUUUUUCAGGAUAUGCUAAAGGAAAGGAAGUAUUUCUUCAGUAUUAUAGCAACCACCCAGAACUCAACCAAACAGGAUUAAGCUGCCCAGCAAUCAAAUUAAUAAUAAUGGGGAUUAGUAACGAGCAAUAUCCAACCAAAGAUGGUGCAGCAAACAUUCACUACGAUGAAGACGACCUGGUUCUAGUCGAUGCUGAAUUAACCAUAGGAAUACUCAGAAAACUUGUCUACAUGAACGACUUCUUCCGACUCAACUACAAAUCCGACUCAACACUUUUACUCACCAAAUCAACCAAAGAAUUCGACAUCCAAGAAAUUAUAGGCCCGAUAGUCUACAAAAUAUGGGACAAUGGGAUCAUCAAAAGUCUGCAAUAUCAUCAAACAAUGUGUAGACUACUCAUUCAAAGCCAGCUACAGGACAAGAUCAACGAAAAACACAAAUGCUCGAUCUGUACAGACAAAUCCGAGGAAGCCCAAGAAGAAAAGGCCCAAGAAGACUCUAGUGAUGAUCCAAUAAUAGAAGACGAAGCAACACCGACAAAGGCAAUAAACAUGUGAGGAAAAUAGGUCGGCAACCACUCGUAACCACUUAGAAAAAUCAAUAAUGUAAUCUUAUCUUUUUCUUUUUAUUGGCCGAGAUAAGAUUUCGAUCUUAUCUUCUUAUCUUUAGUAAUGUCUCCGUUGUAAUAUAAAAAGAUGCAUAAGGCAUCGAUGAAUAAUAAGACUUAAGCGAGUUUGUAUAAUUUGGUUAUCUAACCCUUCUGUUGAGACUUCGUCUCUGAAUAGCAGAAAAAACAAAUACAAAACUCGAAAAUAAUUUGGUAUCAGAGCCUCCAUCAUCUUGCCUUUGGAGUCACUAAGAUGAUUGUCCCUUCGGGGACAUCCGAUAAAAUUGGAACGAUACAGAGAAGAUUAGCAUGGCCCCUGCGCAAGGAUGACACGCACAAAUCGAGAAAUGUUCUCAUGGUCGGGAAGAUGCUGUCAACCAAUGAAGUACAUAUCCUUGCUUUGAUUAAAACGGUUGGGCUUUAAACUCCAGUGGAAACAGAGGUUCUGAAUGAAAUUAAAACAAAAAACAGUCUGUUGCUUUGCUUGUUUUAAAAUCAAAUCUUCGAUAUACACGACCACCACAGGAUGGUUUUCACUCCACAAAGUUUAUAACUAAAUGACCCACCACUUUAAAUCGAAUAAAGUUUACAACUUUGCAACUAA